AUGGAAAACCUUCAUGAUGAACAAAUUAUUGAUUUUGAAAAGACAUGGCCAUCAGAACUUCCACCAAGUCAUCGAAAACUUAGCAAGACAACCCUCGAUAUGAGAACAAAAGAAAAUAAAUGUUUAUCUGCCGAAAUGUUUGACGAAGCUGAGCAGUGUAGAGAUAUUGCCGAUUGGCUCGAGUUCAAUGACUUAAACGAACAAAAACUCAGAUACGAACUCGAUUUUAAUCGUGAAUUGCUCGACUGA